AUGAAGCCGGAAUUGAUCCACUCUUUCAUGUUGCUCCUCAUCCUUUCCAUGCCCCGCCACACACUUGCACGUUUCUUCUUCCCUGAUAAGCUCAGACAGAAUUUGUGCGAAAGCGGACAUCUUGGAGUCAGGCCAGACAUCUGCAACUACCCUCCUUUGUACGGCACCUGUAAGCUGACCCUGACCAGGUACUACUACAACACCUUCACGUUUAUGUGCGAGCUCUUCAUCUUCUCUGGCUGUUCAGGCAACAGAAACAACUUCAAAAAUAAAUAUGAUUGUGAAAAAUUUUGUAUUCCUAAAAAGGACAGACCUGAAGAAAAACCGAAAACUUGAUAUGCCAGAAGGAAAAAG